AUGUUGUGGUUUGUGCAAUAUACGGGUGUGGGUCGGACUGACAGCUUUUGUCGACGGAAGUCCCUGUGGGAUGCUGUUAUCGGGGAUGACGACGACGCUUCCUUAGGUGUCAGCGACGUCGUUGACGAAGCGUCAUUCUCCUGUUGCCCAAGACACGCCAGCAAAAAGAUGGCAGAACUCGAUGCUUCAGCAGUUUCGGAGGGCGAUACGAAUAAGGGUUCGCAACACUUUAUCAAAUUCAGUAAAGAAUUGGCCAACAUGACCCGUGACGCAGGUGAUUCAGUAAAACUCAAGUGCGAAGUUUACGGCAUUCCUGCCCCAAAGAAAAUUCGCUGGUACCGCAACGAAGUGCCGAUCGAGGAGGAACGAGGGCGAAUAGCAAUUCGCAGCUACAACACUCCACCGCCGUCUUCUAUGCUCGACGACGAAACAGACGACUACUACGAUGACUCUGACUCCGGCAAGAGGUCGCUCGUAGAGCAAGCCAUGCCCAAUUUCCGUGGUUCGAGGCUCCGUAUCACCGAGUUGGACGUUCUGGAUGAUUCCGGGUUCUACAAAUGCGUGGCUACCAACGGCUUCCAGAAAAUCUCAUCCACUGGGAUUGUCAAGAUCAACCCAGGGGGUAGUUUUGGUCGUGAACGUCAGUCGGCAACAAUUCCGCAGUAUUCUCUGCAAUUCCCUCCAAAUUUUGAAGGGUCAUACAUCGACAUGGACACUGGGCCGAGCUUCAGCCCGGACCACGGGUUCGGCCACAACCUGAUGCCGCCGCCGGUGCCCGACGUGUCGUUCGGACCCAAUUCCCCGUCGUCAUCGUCGUCGGACUCGUCGUCCACGUCAACGUCGGGCAAGUGCCAAGUCUACGACGGGGCCACGUGUGCCCUGUACGUCGGCAAUUCGUCCGUCUACAUCCCCGGCGGCCACAACCAGGCCCUGACGGAGAAACGCAUGACUGAGGCCAUCACAGUGAUUGCGAGUUCGGGUGACCUGUCGAAACCCUGCGGGAAAUACGCCAUUUCCGCCUUGUGCUACACCACGUUCCCGCCGUGCAAACGUCGGUCUAGGCUUCGAUCCGAGCCCGUGUAUAUUUGCCGCGACGAAUGCGAAAUUUUGGAGCACGAUAUUUGCAAAGUGGAAUACGCGAUUGCCAAGAAGCACCCGCUGAUCGGCAUGCAAAUCAAGCUCCCGGAUUGUGCAGAACUUCCGCCGAUUGCGUCGCCAGCGUCCGAAGACUGCCUGCGAAUCGGAAUCCCACGCGUAGCCGAGAUACGGGACAGUGACACUUGCUACGAGGGCAAAGGCGAAGACUACAGGGGAACAAUGAGUCGAACCGCGUCGGGUCACGAAUGCGUUCCGUGGGCUGACAAAGUUCGACUCAACCCGGUUGACCAUCCUGAGCUGAUUGGCGGGCACAAUUUCUGCAGAAACCCGGGAGCCAAACUCGAUCGACCUUGGUGCUUUUCUUCAUCCUACGGCCAGGUACAAGAAUUAUGCGAUAUUCCGCGUUGUGACGACCACAUCUUCAUAUACAUCGGACUCUCUGCUGUUGGCCUCGUGGCUUUCGUUGUCCUACUGGUGUCUCUCAUGUGCUACCGGCGCCACAAAUCCCGCAGUGCCAAAUCCCAACCAACCUCACCCACCAAACUGAGUGCAAAACAAUUGGGAGCGAGUCCGUUAGAAAUGAAUGCCUUGCUUUCCAAUGGCAGCAAUUACGCCAACGGAACAGCGUACAGCAAUGGUACUGCGGAAAAGCGACCCCAAGCGGCGGAAAUCUCGUUAUCCAAUGUCCGAUUCUUGCAAGAGCUCGGGGAAGGAGCUUUCGUGAAGGCUGAAGAGUGA